UCUACACAGAUUCGACGGCACCUUUCACGCCAUUGCGAGAAGAACAACGGCCAGGUUCAAUGAACCCAUUCGAGCCCUCGACCGAUUUCUAAAUUAGGUCUUCGUCUCUCAAUCCUCAGGUCUCUGGACUUCUCGAAACCCUACAUAAAAAGCGAACGCUCUGCUCCCUGAUCUCUUUAAUCGGGGCUGUCUGAAGUAGAGAGCAAUGGGAACUCAAGGGUUCAGGACUUUGAACGAGGAAUCCCUAAUCGAGUACAUAAAGGCGACGCCUGCGCUCUGCUCGCAGUUGGGCGAUCAGGUCGAGGGGUUGACGAUUAAAGAAGUUGGCGAUGGGAACCUCAACUUUGUGUACAUCGUUGUUGGCCCAAAUGGCUCUUUCGUCAUCAAGCAGGCGCUUCCAUACAUUCGUUGUAUAGGGGAAUCAUGGCCAAUGACAAAGGAGCGUGCAUAUUUUGAAGCGCUGGCAUUGAAAGAGCAUGGUCGCCUGUGUCCUAAUCACGUCCCUGAAGUUUACCAUUUUGAUCGGCCAAUGUCCUUGAUUGCCAUGCGCUACUUAAAGCCUCCACAUAUUAUUCUGAGAAAAGGACUGAUCGCUGGGGUAGAAUAUCCACUUCUUGCUGAUCACAUGUCAGACUAUAUGGCAAACACACUCUUCUUCACGUCUCUUUUAUUUCGUUCGACAUUAGAGCAUAAACGUUCAGUUGCUGAGUUUUGUGGAAACGUAGAGCUUUGUAGACUCACUGAGCAGGUUGUUUUCUCGGAUCCAUAUAGAGAUGCUCAAUAUAAUCGUUGGACUUCUCCCUACCUUGAUAAUGAUGCUGAGGAAAUUCGUCAUGAUGAUACUUUGAAGCUCGAGGUUGCUGGAUUGAAAUCCAUGUUUUGUGAGAGAGCCCAAGCUCUAAUUCAUGGAGACCUUCAUACCGGUUCUGUCAUGGUGACUACUGACUCCACCCAGGUUAUCGAUCCCGAAUUUGCUUUUUAUGGACCUAUGGGGUUUGAUAUAGGAGCCUAUCUGGGAAACUUAAUUCUAGCCUUUUUUGCACAAGAUGGACAUGCUGAUCAAGUGAAUGAUCGGGAAAAAUAUAAGCAUUGGAUUUUGACGACCCUAAGAGAAACUUGGAACCUUUUUGAGAACAAGUUCAUUUCACUUUGGAACAAACACCAGGAUGGAAAAGGGGAGGCCUAUCUUGCAUCAAUAUACAACACAACAAAGCUGCACCUCCUGGUCCAAAAGAAGUACAUGAAAGAUUUGUUUCACGAUGCUCUCGGAUUUGGCUCUGCCAAAAUGAUAAGGAGAAUAGUGGGGGUAGCACAUGUUGAAGAUUUUGAAUCAAUUACUGAUGCUAGCAAGCGUGCACAAUGUGAGCGCCGUGCUCUCAAUCUUGCAAAGUUGCUUCUCAAGGAAAGACGCGGGUUUGAUUCAAUUGAUCAGGUCAUUGCAUCAAUUCAGGAGUUUUCAUCAUGCUGAGUCUUUUCCGGUGAAGUGUGUUUAUUAUGAUGCCAGUAAUAAAGUUCUGUGAGAACACAAAUAAACCGCGGUUUAAGAUGCUAGUGUUAUUCUGUACCGUUUAAACUGCGGUUUAAGAUGCUGGUGUUACUCUGUACCGUUUAAUUUACGACUCUUAAUCAUGCAGGGAAAAUAUACAUGAAUAUAAAAAUCCCUCACCCCCUGUCCUUUA